UCUUCCAUUUCCGCGAAAUUGACACGCAAGCAAAAUAUGCUGGAGAAGACUUCGACGAGUUCGAGCGCCGCCACCGGAGCUCCGGCGGAGGAUUUGUUCCGAUCGACGGAAGAUGCGGACUUUACCGGAGAUCCCUCCUGGUCUGCAACUGCCCAGGCGUUGAAUUUCUCUUCUGGAAACCCUAGAAUCGAAGAGAUCACAGGCGUUAUGCAUCUCUUCAAAAACGACGCAUCAUCAGACCAACUUCCGGUUGAGAGAAAUCCUCUUAUUUGUGUAGUUGGGGUCCCCAAUCACACUACCUAUGCAGAUUUCUGUCAGUUCUGUGGUCCAUUUAUUCAGAACAUGUUGGAAAUGCGAAUUGUGAGGACUGAAGGAUUGGAGGAUCGCUACAGUGUGUUGAUCAGGCUUGAUGAUCAAAAAAAUGCAGAUUAUUUUUACAAGCAGUACAAUGGAAAGUGUUUUUCGUCACUUGAGGAGGAGACCUGCCGCAUGUUCUUCACUGUAGAUAUCCAAUAUACUGGGUCAAUUGAGCACUCACAACCUUCCUCUGCAAGCUUUACAGAGCUGCCUACUUGUCCAGUUUGUCUUGAGAGACUAGACCAAGAUACUGAUGGGAUUCUCACUACAAUCUGUAACCACUCCUUUCACUGCUCCUGUAUGUCUAAAUGGACUGAUUCUUCUUGCCCGGUAUGCCGGUACUGCCAGCAACAGCCUGAGAAAUCAGUAUGUUAUGUUUGUCAAACUUCAGAAAAUCUUUGGAUGUGUCUUAUUUGUGGUUUUGUUGGCUGUGGGAGGUAUAGGGAAGGGCAUGCCAUCGGUCACUGGAAAGAAACUGAACACUGCUAUUCCCUUGAACUGGAAACACAACGUGUGUGGGACUAUGCUGGUGACAAUUAUGUUCACCGAUUGAUACAAUCUAAAACCGAUGGAAAAUUGGUUGAGCUAAAUCACCACUGUGCCCAGCAUUAUGAUGGUUCGAGUAAGUCUGCGGGACAGAUUGACACUUUGGGUGAUGAAGUUGAAUAUAUAAAGAGCGAGUACAAUGAGCUUCUUACUUCUCAACUUGAAAGCCAGAAAAAUUAUUUUGAGUCAUUACUGCAAGAAGUUGAAGAAGACACUGAAAGGGAAUCUUCCUUAGCUAUUGAAAAGGCUUUGAGCGAAAACACAAAACUGCUAAAAUUGCAAAAGAAGCUUGAUAAAGGCAUUGAACAAAAGAGAUUUCUUGACGAGAUCAAUGAUAAUCUUCUAAGAAACCAAAGCAUUUGGGAAUCUAAGAUAGAGGAGAUCGAACGAAGGGAGAAGAAACUUUUGCAAGUAAAGGACAAAAGAAUUGAAGUGUUGGAGGAGCAGUUGAGAAGCUUGAUGGCAUGCCUUGAAACUCAGAACUCAGAGCAACAAUCAGCAGUUUCAGAUGAGCCAACCGAUAGCAACUCUGAGGCAGUAGUUGCAGAGACAUCUUCUGAAAGUGGUAGCAGAGGGACCAAAAAGACGAAUAAUCGAAGAAAAAAGAAGUGAUAACUUAGAUGCUGCUUGUUCAAAUCAUUAAGUGAAACAUCAUUUCUGCACAUAACUCACUCUUGAUUGUUUUCUAUAGAUACCGCAAAUAAGUAGGAAAAAAAUAUGAUUGGAGUAUUAUUAGUGAA